AUGGAGAAACGAGGCCCAAAACGACGGCAGGAAGCUGCUCAUCUUAGCUGUGAACUGUGCCGCGAGCGUAAGGUCAAGUGUGACAAACUUGAUCCAUGCACGAAUUGUUCGUCGGCGGGUGUGAUUUGUGUUCCCGUACGGCGGCCACGUUUGCCUCGAGGUGCCCAUGCUCAGCGAUUGCGGAGGAUUUCGCCCGAAGACCCAGAGGCACCGAUACAAAUUGACAUUGCUUCUCCUGCCGAUGCUGGCACCAUAGCUGAUGACGACCUCAAGGAGCGCAUUCGCAGACUAGAGGCCCUGGUGGACAGUAUGCGUUCUUCCAACCACGUCUCGAAGCAGCUCAUCAAGAAUUUUCAAACAAACAAGGAUCAGGAAGCUCAAGAUACCAUUGAAUCAACUCUGAACAGAAUUGACGAGGAUAGCCUACUGAUCAAAGGCCCAAGAGUUCACCCGAGUGAUGGUGGCUUGAGAAUCCUGGGAUUAAGUGGAUCAUCUAGCCCUGAGACUGGAUGGGCCUCUAUUAUUGAGGAUAGAGAGGUAUCGAUGCAAUUGUGCCAGGUAUAUCUCUUAAAUGUAGAUCCGGUGAUCAAAAUUCUACAUCGGCCGUCUCUUGAAAAGUGGAUGUUGGAGGGGCAACGAUAUCUAGGAUUGCCUGAAGGUCAUGCUGCGGUCGAGUCUCUGGGUGCAGCUAUCUGCUACGUUGCAGCUACCAGUUUAACAGAGACACAGAGCUGGGCUCGUUUCCAUACCACCAAGUCCAGCAUUGUUGCCCGCGCAAGAAGAGCAUGUGAGACGACACUAGAGAAGAGUAGCCCGCUACUUUCUCCUGAUGUCACUACCCUUCAAGCGUUUGUAUUAUACCUUGUUGCUAGGAGGUCAGAAGAUCCAAGUCGUGCUGUUUGGACAUUAAUGGCAUUUGCGGUGAGAAUCGCCAAAGCGCUCGACCUCCCUAGAGGCAUAGACGACAAUUUUUUUGGUCAACAGAUGCGGAAGCGACUUUGGCUAGCCAUCUGCUUGCUGGAUUUUCAGACCUCUUUAAGCCAACCUUCUGAGCCUCUAAUCACUGUAGCAGAGGCAACAUCAUUAUUCUCUCCACCCAGGCACAUUAAUGAUUCUGAUUUUGACCCGACAACUUCGCACGACAUCCCUGACCGGGAAGGACUGACAGAUACCACAUUUUCUUUGGUUUCCCACCACGUACAGGCUGCGGGCCGGCUACUCAAUUUUGAACCAUCUGUUAAAGACGACGGAAGUCGACAGCAGCACGUCCAAAAUUUCGAGCAGAGGACGCUUCGUCUUUUGCUCUAUUGCGAUCCCGAAUCCACGCCAUAUGCCUGGUUCACAUGGCAUCGCAUUCAAUGCUUCGUCUCAGGGGCAAGACUUUCUGCCAUCCGCCCUCUUAUACACCAACAUGGCGGCCAUCCGAUACCAAUAUUAGAUGCCAACGAAGGCACAAGCAUUCUCUCCUUGGCGUUAAAUAUCCUUGAGAAAGUCCAGCUCGUGCACACUGAUCCCCGUGGAGAGGGGUUCCGCUGGUUCGUUACGGUCCCAUGGCAGCCGCUCGCCAUUGCCAUAUCAGAGUGUUACAUCUGUCAAGAUAGAUCCUUGGUACAACGCGCCUGGCCCAUUGUGGAAGCUGCUUUUCAGCAACAUGAGGCUACUGUGUCAGGGUCUAGCAAGGCAAUCAGCAUCACGCUUGAGAGGCUGAUGUGCCGUGUAAGGGGAAAGCUGCUGCCGUCUUUAGAACUUUCACGCCCUGGGGAAGACCUGGCCCUGGUGACUGAGGCUCCGAUUUCGACAUCACCACAGAAGGUAGAUCCUUUGGUGUUUUCACUCGACAGUCCGCUGCUGAUUGCCGGACAAGAACAAUUGCUCGAUGCUGAUCAGUCAUGGGCUGCGUGGGAAGAGGUGAUUGCAAGCCUACACUAUGAUGAAACUGGCAGAGCUGACAUGUUUCUUUCGUGA